AUGGUGAAAGAUACCACAUAUUACGAUAUUUUACAGGUUUCUGUAGACGCUUCGCCUCAGGAAAUUAAGAAAUCUUAUAGAAAGCUAGCAAUUAAGACGCAUCCGGACAAGAAUCCAGAUGAUCCGCAAGCACAGACGAAGUUCCAAGAGUUGGCUAAGGCUUACCAGGUUUUGAUUGACGAUGAUUUGAGAAAAAAGUAUGAUCAAUUCGGAUUGGACGAAACCAAUGGUGAAAUUCCUAUGGACCAGGAUCCUUAUGAAAUGUUAAUGACCGUCUUUGGUGGCGAUUCCUUUACAUCGUGGAUUGGUGAAUACGGGUUGUUGAAGAACUUCUUGAAUGAAUCUGAGAUGUUCCAAGAUGAAGACGAAGAAGGUGAAGAAGAAGGCGGAACUGCCAAUGGUAAGGAUAAGAACAAGUCCGAAACCAGUGACUCUGACAAGAAUGAAUCGACUGAAUUGUCCAAACAUAAUGGCAAGAAGGCCGCCGCCGAGAAGGACGCUGCUAGAGAGAAGGCUAGAGCAAGACGUGAAAAGAUGAGAGAAUUUGAAACUAAAAGACUUGAAGAUCAGCGGAUCCAAGUCGAAAUGUUGGUAAGCAACUUAAACAAGAAAUACGAGGAAUAUACCAUAUCUAAGAAGAGUGGAUCUGAAUCUGAUUUCCUAAAUAAGUUACAGAAAGAGAUUGACGAUAAUUUGAAAUAUGAAAGUUUUGGCCUCGAAUUGUUACAAUUAAUAGCUUCUGUCUACAAGAGGAAGGCCAAGAACUUCAUCAUGUCCAAAAAGACUAAGGGUCUUAGUAAGAUUUUCACCGGGACUCGUGAGAAGGGUAAAACUGUUGCAUCUAUGUACAAGACAGUCAGUGCUGCAAUGGACGCAAUGAAAACACAGCAAUUAACUGAAGAUAUCGAUUGGGACGCAAUGGAUCCAUUCCAACGUGCCAACGUGGAAACCCAAAUCCAAGGUAAAUCAAUGGGUCUUUUCUGGGCGCUUAACAAAUUUGAAUUGGAACAAAAAUUGAAAAUGGUAGUCGACAAAUUAUUGGACGACAAAUCCAUACCAUCGAAAGAAAGAAUCAAUAAGGCCAACUUUUUGAUUAUGAUUAGCGACAAAUUCAAUUCAGCAACCAGAAAUCCUGAAGACAUGGACCCAGUGAUCUUGGAAUUCGAAGAAUUGGUAACCAAUGCCAAAAAUAUUAAAGUCGAUGCACCAUUGAAAACUAAAGUUGGUGAAAAAGGUCAAAUUGAAAGCGCUGCAGACCACAGCACUACUGCUGAAGUAGCAAAAUAA